UCCCUCUCUCUCUCUUUCUCUCUCUCUCUCUCUUUCUCAGUAUAAUUAAACACAAUUGGUGUAUAGGAACAAAAUGCUUGGAUUAGGCUGUGGAAGGAGUAAUGAAUCCUCAAGGAGGAGAGGGAAGAAGAAUGGUUUGGAGAAGCGAAAACAGCCGCAAAGAGGACUUGGGGUGGCUCAGUUGGAGAAGAUCAUAUUGCAGAAUCAGAUGAGGGGUGAUCUCCACAAGCAGGAUUCUGGCAGCAGACUACAAACAGGGUAUCCUUCAUCUCCCCCUUCUACCACUUCAUCUUCUUCGAUGUUUGAUCCCUGUUCUAGUGUCAUGAUUGGGUUUGGAGAGAACGCAGAGAUUGGCACAGCAUAUAAUACAUUUAAUUCCAGUUCCUUUCUUAAUCAAGGGGAGCUGCCAACGCUAUCUCUCUUUGAACGGACCACACAGAUCGUGAGCAACAAUAAUGAUAGGUCCAUUUGUACGAGGCACAACUCCCGUGAUGUGCAAGAAAUUGAUUUGGAGCUUAGAUUAUGACUUUGGUGAUUUCAGUGGUCAAUGUUGGAAUAAUGAAUGGUUUUGUAGAUGUUUAUAAGAAAAAUGGUUCAUUAAACAUUGUGCAAAUAAUUAAAGAGAUUAAUCAUUGAGCUCUUCUCAGCUAUCUAUGUACUAAUUUUAUAGUUGUUUUUCAAGUACAAAACAUACCUCUAUAACUCUA